CAACCCCUUCUCCAAGCUAGUAGCCUCACCUGUCCCGGCACGCGCGCGCGUGUAUAAAGCGUCAUCCCGCUCGAGCGGACACGUCUCUUCCAGGUUCCAACAACUCACUGGCCACUACCCUCCCUGCAGCCGUCGUCAUUGCCUGCGGGGAGCUAGCAGGAGAACGACGAACCGAAGCUCUGGGUCGGCUCAACAACAGCAGGGCGCGCGCGGAGCCAUGCUUGGGAGGGCGGCGAGAGGAGGGCCGUCGUCGACGGCCACCAAGCCGCCGCCCCACGCGGAGGGCGCCGCCGUCCGCAGGACCGGCGGCAGCACCGUCGUCGCGGACGUCGCGGACGCCGGGCAGGAGGUCACCGUCUCCCAGUUCGUCGCGCAGCUAGAUGAGGCGGCGCGGCGGAGGCUGGACAGCAUGCACCGGAGGCUGAGGUUGCUGGAGCAGCAGAUGGAGACGCUGGAGGCCGAGGUCGGCAAAGCCAGCAGCACCAGCACCAUGGGCACCUACGCCUAGCUAGUUCAUCUAGCUGCUGGCGGCCUGCGCCAGAUCGAUCCUCCUCUUUUUAAUUUCGUAACACUUUCUCAUGUACAUGGACGAUUAGCCUUUAGCAGUACUAUAGUAUUAAAUCCAUGGUGCUUUCCUGAAACUUAUGGCCACAAUUUUGGGGGCGGGCUGAACUUACUAUUAAAUCCCAUGGCGUCGUGGUCUUGAAUCUUCAGGCGAUUUGGAAAAGUAUGGCAGUUCGUUUGCCUUGUCACUCU